AUGAAGUUCGGCAAGCAGAUCCAGAAGCGUCAGCUUGAGGUGCCCGAGUAUGCGGCUAGCUUCGUCAACUACAAAGCCCUGAAGAAGCUCAUCAAGAAGCUGUCCGCAACCCCGACCCUCACCUCCCAGAAUGAUGCCCUCCGCUCGGCUACCCCCGUCGACUCCCAGGCCGCUCUCCAGGCCAACAAGGCGACCUUUUUCUUCCAGCUGGAACGGGAACUCGACAAAGUCAAUGCCUUCUACCUACAGAAGGAAGCCGAGCUCAAAAUCCGCCUCAAGACUCUACUAGACAAGAAAAAGGUGCUCCAGUCGCGGCAAGGCAUCUCCCGCCGUUCCGCAAAGUUCACUACUCUCGAGGAGGGCUUCCAGCAGUUUGCUACCGACCUGAACAAGCUUCAACAGUUCGUCGAAAUCAACGGCACCGCCUUCUCCAAGAUCCUCAAGAAGUGGGACAAGACAUCAAAAUCCAAAACCAAGGAGCUCUACCUCUCGCGAGCCGUAGAGGUCCAACCGUUUUUCAAUGCCACCGUCAUAAGUGAGCUAUCUGACCAGGCCACCACGAGCUUGCAAGAGCUCGGCGCCUGGUCAGAUGGAAUCCAGGUCAAUUUCCAGACCAACCAUGUUGUGACUUCGCAGCACUUCGUGGGCACAGACGAAGGGGAUGCAGACACGCUGCUUUUGGACACUGUCAUCGCAGGGAACCACGAAUCUCUCCGGGACUUGCUCAUGAGGAUGAGAUCUGCUAAUGAAACCAAUGAAGGCGACAGUUCGCUUAUGGAGAGGAUAACGCGGACCUUUUUGGCAGCCAUUUCAGAAGCGCCCCAGGAGUCUCUGCGAAUUCUUCUCGAUACAGGCCUUGUCGACCUCCACUCGUACGACGACAUCAAUGAGCGGAAUUGCCUGCACCAGGCUGCUAUCUAUGGGAAGCAGUAUGUGCUGGAAUGGGGCCUCUCAGUCAAUGUCGCCGUGGACAGGACAGAUGUCUAUGGGCGAGUUCCCCUGCAUUAUGCCAGUCUUCAUGGAAGAUUGGAGAUGCUCAAGUUUCUAUUGGACGCAAAUCAAAGCACGAUUGACCUGACGGACCACGACAACUUUACUCCCUUGAUCCACUCCAUUAUUCACGGCCACCUCGAAUGUAUCGAACUCCUCCUCGCUAGAUCCGCACGUAUCGACCCUGUCGGAGACUCGGAUCACGUCCCCCUGAAUUUGGCAUGCGAACAUGGCUCGGUGGCGGUUGUUGAGCUUCUCCUCAAGCACGGUGCCAAGAUCUUGCCAGACGCCGAGGGUCUGUAUCCCCAGCAUCUAGUGGCAAGGGCGGGUCAGACAUCAGAGCUUCUGUUGCUCCUGAAGCAAUUCGGUGCAGAUUUGGAUCAAGUUGAUAAGCUCUAUGGAUGGACACCCCUUGUGCAUUCCGCGAGCGAGGGAAAUGUCGACUGUCUUCAGGCAUUGCUCAAGGUUGGGGUCGACGCAAGCAUUGUGGACGAAAAGGACCUUCCAGCCAUGUACUAUGCUGCUUGGGAAGGGCAUCUGGCCUGUAUGAAGCUCCUAACACCCUUCAACACGCGGCCGCGAGCAAGCCCUUUCAUGGUGCAACCUGCUUUGGGUCCUCUGGAAACAAGCAGCGCCCCCUUGCCCAUGUCCCUGGACCCGGAUGCGAUCCCCGAACUCGAACUUCCUCCUCCGAUUAUUCCCCUCAGGAGAUAUGGCCACAACUUCCUUGAUACCAAGACGGUUGUUCAGAUCACGUUUGGGGACCUGGACGAACAACCUCUUAUGUUCUUCCAGGACGGCAAGUAUCCUGCUGCUCGGCUUACUAUUUCCUCCAAGGUCUCAGAUCUCAUUCCCAAGAACAUUAUUCUACCCUUUCAAGAAGAUACCCGCAUUGUUUCUUUCCAGGUGGACAACUUGGAUUCUUUCAGUCUGGACAUUGACGUCUUCCCUACGUACGGUGCUAAGGUCAUCGCGAAGACGGUUGCACUAUCCAGCAUUUUCAAAGGCCUGCAGGGCACUUCGACGUGCUGCCUGCCUCUUUUCGAUCCUAGGCUUCGUGCUAUUGGUCAGAUCUGCUUCAACGUUCAGGUCAUCAAGCCGUUCCAAGGAAAGCCCCUGGAGAUCACCGAUUUUGAGACGUAUUGGAAGGCUACGAGCCAAUUCAAUCAACCAACGAGCGCCAUUGUUACAGGAUCGAGCCUAUCCGGCGACUAUGUGAGAAUCUUUGUUCAGUACACCAGUGAUGGUGUCCCAGUCCUCUGGCCUCGAUGGACCAUAGCUUGUGGCGGACUUGAUAUUCCUGUCUGCCGGUUGACCCUGGAGCAAUUCACGUCUAUGACAGCGCGAAGCAACAGCCGUGCAGACCUACCCAGCUUGGCGAGUAAGACAUCGGAAAGCAUUGCGGAGGUUUACCACAUUCUUGCUACGGCUGGUAUCACGCUUCAAGAGGCACUCACACUCCUGAAUCCUGGUAUGCACAUCAAUCUUCAGGUCUUGUAUCCGACACCAGAGGAGGAAAAGGCCUUCUCUAUGGGCCCUGCGUUGGACGUCAACGUGUUUGUGGACUCGAUUCUCAACAUUGUGUUUGACCAUGCCCGGGCACAACGUGCUCAGGCCCCUGAUGUGGUGCGGUCUAUCGUGUUCAGCAGCUACAACCCUCGACUAUGCACAGCACUGAACUGGAAACAACCAAAUUUCCCCGUCUUCCUGUGUAACGACCUGGGACGGGAAGAAACGACGGGAGCCAACGGCACGGCCCUCACCAGUGGUCGGCGAAGUGCAUCUAUCAAGGAGGUUGUGAGGAUUGCACAGAGCAACAACUUUAUGGGUUUGAUCUGUUAUUCUCGACUGUUGGACAUGGUGCCGGCGCUUGUGGAUGCCAUCAAGUCUCAUGGACUAGCGCUGGUGAUGGACAAGUCUUCAGACUCCCCCGACGCGAGCCCCAUGACGGACCCUUUCCCGCGGCCACCCAAGGGUGUUGAUGGCGUUUUGAAAAGCCAUGGGAUUUUGCGAUUCAACGAUUCGAUAGACAUGUAG